AUGACAAAGCGCGAGCAGAUGACGGCCGACUUCCACGGAGCAGAGACCGGACAUCACCACCAGAGCGCCGCCACCCCGAGCCACGCCGAGCCACACCAGCGGGACGCACCAGAACCAGUCAUUAUAUGUACCGACUCGCUGUCGGCGAUAGCGGCGCUGAGAGAGGGUCCGUCGGCACAGCGCUCGGCCAGAGGCGCUGCCAUAUGGAAGCAGCUACUGGAGCUCACCGCCGGAGACCGAACGGUCACCCUCCAGUGGGUUCCAUCCCACUGCGGGAUCCCAGAGAACGAGUCCGCCGACGCCCUGGCAAACGAGGCUGCGACGCUGGCACAAGAAGACGUCAUGCUCGAUGUAGACACCAUCUACCGAGCGGCAGUCCGCACCGCCAGAGACCGCGCCGCAAGGGACAGGCCGACAUACCCGGACCCCGACCGUAAAGCCGCAACGGGGUGGUACAGAGAGCUUAUGGGUGCAAGAUGGCCACCACCUCUCACCAACAUGGACAGGACGACAGCAGUAGACGUCCACCAGAUCCGCACUGGGCGCUGGAGCGGCUCGGCGCAGUUUCUCCAUUCCAUCGGACGAAACCCAUCUGCGGACUGCCCACAGUGCAGGAACCUCGACUGCCCUGCAGCUCGUUGCCCGCUGUGCGGCGAGCAAGCCGACACACCUCGACACAUCCUGCUGACCUGCCCGGGACUGAUGGGGGUUCGCCUCAGAAUCCCGGCGGUCGGCAACAUACUGCCGACGGUGGAGGAGGUCAGGCGCGGCGACACGGUGGCGGCCCUGGUGGCCGCUUUCAGGGCCCUCCAGAGCUGA